CCUUCACUUACGUUUAAGAUGUCCAGAACAUUUAGUAAUGAAUCUCUGUUUUCUAUUAAUACACCCAACAACAGUAAAGGACGUAGUAGACGCACUGGUGGUAUAACCAUCAGCAGCUCUCCCUCAAGUAGCAGAAAAAGUUCUAAUUCUAAUUAUGAAACACGCCGGGCACAUGAAGAAGUGCCUGCUUUGGACAUUCGAAAUAUUGACCACGAGGUUAUCAGAAAUGAUCCUGAGUUGAGAAGUUUAUCGCGUAACCCAUCGGCAUUCCACGGAAGUCCCAGACAACACUGUGGAGAUAUGGAAAAUGAAGAAAAUAUCUAUGCAGAGGUGGAAAUGCUUGAAAACAAUCCGGAAGAAGAGCUUCGAUUAAGAAAUCUUUAUAAAGCAAGAUCAAAAUCAAGCUCAAGCGAUCAUGAACUGCAUAAUGCACUAAGUUUAACACGAUCCUUCUAUGGGCAACAUCGCGAUAUAACAGAUAUUGAUGAAGAAGAGGAGGUUGAUAUCGAUGAUAGCCAGAUUGAACAAGAAAUUUUACAACGAACUGUUGCUUACAAGACCUUAAAAGCCAUUGUAUUUGUAUUGUUUAUGGUCUAUUGGGUCAUCAGCGAACCAAUUAUUCGAUCAAUAGCAUUUAUAACUAUGGUUUCCUCAGCAGUCCUCGAUCAAAGCAAACAUGUAUGGUCAAAGUUGACUAUUUAUGGAAGUGCAUGGCCUCUUAAAAAGAUUUUAAGUACUCUUAUCACAAUUAGUGUCCUUGGAUUAUGUAUGACACCUUUAACCUUUUACGCAAAGCCUUACUUUGACGCAACCCUUAUUCCUCGAUAUCGAUUAAACAGACACGUGACUGCUCUUGAAAAAAAUCUCAAAGUAAUUGCUGCGGACAAUUUGGCUAUGAAAUCUUCCCAACAUACUGAAAUUAUGAACAUUUGGAAUAAACUUGAAGAUGUGAUCGCUCUCGAAAAAAAUAUUGAAGCUAUUAAUGCGGAUAACUUGGCUAUGAAAUCUUCCCAACAUACUGAAAUUAUGAACAUUUGGAAUAAACUUGAAGAUGUGAUUGCUCUCGAAAAAAAUAUUGAAGCUAUUACUGCGGAUAACUUGGCUAUGAGAUCUUUGGUGGAUAAGAUCCAACAUACCGAAAUUAAAAACAUUUGGGACGAACUUGCAGAUCAUCAAACGCAAAUCAACCGCCUUCAAAGUUCAAUCGACGAGAAAAUCACCCUUGCCUUGGAAUCUAAAUUACCUGAUAUGAUACUUGUACAAACGAACAAAAAUGGGGAAUUGGAGUUUUCACCCACAUUCUAUGCCUACUUACAAGACGCCUUAUCCUGGGAUAACUUUUUACAACAGAACAAUCAAUCGAUUGCUAAGUAUCUAUCUGGUGAAAUGAACAAUUAUUUCGAAAAGCAAGAAAAGCAAGGCGCAAUUGUUGGAAAAAAUACAUUUAUGAAGUUGAUUUCAAACGCUUUAAUUCAUCAUCAAAACCCUAUUGCUGAAAAUACCGAAGUUUCUUUUGAUGAUUUAAUUAAUAGUGCUAUACAACAAUACCACCAAGAUGUACUCAAUACUGCCGACUUUGCAUUAGAUUCUCGGGGAGCCAGAAUUUUAAAGGGUCUGACUAGCGAAACUUAUCACCCUUUUCCAGCCUGGGCUCUUAUUUUGCGUGGUUUAUUUAAUCUUCCUAUACAUGUAAAUCCUCCCAAGCUUGCAAUUACUUCGUACACACACGUAGGUGGAUGCUGGAGUAUGGUUGGAAGCGAAGGCAAUUUGGCAAUCAAGCUUAGUGAAACCAUUAAUGUACAAGGUAUAACAGUUGAAUUCCCUUCACCCGAUGUCAUGGUCAACAAAAUGUCAAGUGCACCAAAAGAUAUGGAAGUUUACGGCUUGACGAAUCAUAUCAAUGGCGACAAUCCUACGUAUCUUGGCAAGGUUCGAUACGAUAUCAACAAAGGGUCACCUAUCCAGACAUUCGAUUUGGCCCCCUCUCCAAAAUCAUUCCGUGCAGUCAGAGUGAAGGUUUUAUCCAACUGGGGUAACCAGGUUAAAACAGAUUUGUAUCGUAUCCGAAUUCACGGCACUCCUUCAUAAACCUAGUGGAUUAUAUUCUUUACGAUGCAGCCCUUUACACUUCUGUAAAUCAAAAUAUAUCCAAAGGGUUCUUUAAUAAAAUAAUAAGUUUACAAGUUUAA